AAACGGUAACUCUCGCAAGAGUUUUAGACGACAUUUUCACUAAGUCCAAUUUUUAGAUGUACAUCGUCUUUUCAAAAUUCUAACGUGAUAAAUAUCUGACGGCAGGAAAAAAACGGCUUGCAUGCAAAACGUUCAUCUCCUAAAUUCCUAUGGUGAUUUGAUCAGACCGUAUAGUAUACCAAGGUCCCGAUUUACUACUCAUGCACAUGAUCAGCGCUAACUAGAACUGAUCAACUACGUAAAUAAUGAUUGCGGCCUGCUUAUGCCCUCAUUGCACAUGUUGUUCCUGGGUUCGAACUGAUCCACCUCUUCGUACUAGUGGUAUCAUAACGAUGAGCUGGAUGUCUGGCACGCAAGCUGGUAUGCAAGGGCUAUUGAACGUCACGGCAGAUUCGCUGGCUGAAUACUGCGGAUUGACUGGCGAUCACCAGGCAAAUUCAGUGUUUCUCGAAUCACAGCUUGGUUUGCUCCAAAGAAAUCCAUCCCAAAGCGUGAUCAAUUCUGAAUUUUGCGCCAAGUAUCUCCCUGCCCUCGUAGACGCCUACGAUGCGCAAGAUGCGGCAUUCAAUAUACCCAUGAGAAUGCUCAAUGCCGUUGCUUACCUGCCUUACUUCGCUAGGUUUCUAUUAACCACGGCCAAAACGUCGAUUUGCAAGACUCAAGCGCAUCGCAUGGCCACUGCGUCUUCAGCUCCAGCAGAUCCUGUGCACAUCGUAGAAAUGUGCCAGUUUCUCUCGACCCUCUUAGCCCUGCAGGGCACGAAUUCCGUCAGCGAGGAAGACAAACAAGCGCUUCUCCCAAAACUGCGUGAGUGGAAUAGGAAAUACCAAAAGCAACAGAUUACGCGUUGCCUCAAGCAGCUGGAGGAUGAUCCGGAGACAACGAUCCUGGCAGGUGGCCUGAAACAACACUGUGAAAGCUCUCUUAAUGAAUGCGGCUUUGACGGCUGUGGAAAGUCCGGAACUUCGAAGCUCUUGCAAUGCUCUCGGUGCAAAACAGCUGUUUAUUGCGACCGUGAUCACCAGAAAAAAUCUUGGCCAUCUCAUAAAGCAACGUGUUUCCCAGCGGUCUUUUGAAAAAAUGUGGAGCCCGAAUCACGGGUUGGGACUUGGUACAGUCUCUGUAGUAUAUUCAUGUCUGACGACCAGUCUGUUACUCGUCUGCGCAAAAGUACCCUCGCUCAUGAAGCGGAUUGCUCGACUGGCAUAGCCAUAUGAACAUCAGUAGAACCUUGCUCUUUCAUAGAACCAGCGCUUGUGACCUCAGUCGCAACAUCCUCCGUUUCAUGAGCAAGUAAAUCUGCAUCCGUUUCCAUCUCUGCCAGGGCGCGC